ACGUCCCUCGUCCACCACCGAAAGUGACAUGGCGUCUGGAAAGAUAGUUUGAUCUUAAGAAGGCAUUAAUGUUGUUUUUAUGACAACAUAUCAACAACCGGGCUAUCCUUAGAGCCGCCCAUAUUAUACAGAGACUUGCAUUGAUGGUAAUGCAUGCAAGGAAACCGCCAAGGAUAAACGAUGGGUACCUCGAAAAACAUCAAGCCCAUCAGUACCAGGUAAUUGCGAAUGAGAACUCCAAGUAUAGCAGCUCUAAAUCUAGCUAUGGGGAUCGGUACAACCAUGAGAGAAUGCGCGAUUCUCCCAAUGGUAACUCUUAUCGCUCAGACAGCCCAGACUCAGGGAGUCCUCGUGAGCGGGACCGCAGCUACCCUAACAAAAGCUCAUUCAUUCAGAAGAUGCGUGAAAAGGAGAGAGAAACCAGAGACUACAAAACUCGAGACAAGUAUUCUGACUGUGCCAGAUCUCCCAAAGACAAGCGCCGUAGGGAGAGCAGGGACUCUGAGCAUCGGACCAACCAUGAUAGGAAUAGCACGGAGGUAAAUUCUUAUUCUAAGGUCAUCCUUCAUUCUUCUAGCAAAGUAACUCACAAUUGCUCAUCCAGAGACUCGUUGAGGAAACCCUCUUUGAUAAUUAAUGUUGUCCAGGAGAAAGAUCUCCGGGAUCGAGUCCCACGAGUCGGCGACUGGUCAGAGCACUUGUCAUCAUCUGGCAAGAAAUACUACUACAAUUGUAAGACGGAAGUGAGUCAGUGGGAGAAGCCGCGAGAAUGGGUGGAACGGGAAAGAGAUAGAGAGAGAGACCGGGAUCGGGACAGGAGCUGCGCAGCUGGCAGCAGUAGCAGCAGCAGCAGCCGCCUGAAGGAACGUGACCGAGAGAGGGAGCGAGACCGUGAAAGGGAGAGGGAGAGAGAACGUGAGCGGGAGAGAGAAAGAGAACGUGAGAGGGAGAGAGAAAGAGAACGUGAGAGGGACAGAGACCGAGAGAGGGAUAGGGAAAGAGAUCGAGACAGGGAAAGGGAUCGGGAUCGGGAUGGAGAUGCCAGACUAUACAGCAGUAGCAGUACCUCUGCCAGAGGAGGCCAUGACAAACAUUCCAAUUCACGUUCAUCAGCCAUCAGCUCCCGAGAGCAGGCUUCCAAAUCACGACUCCUUGGCGGAGACAAACGUGAAGCGUUGUACUGGAGCAACCAAGUACAGACUGGACGUGAGGAUAUGGAAAGGAGGAAACACCCUGACGGUGAGCGAAAAUUCUACAAAAGAGAGACCACCUCGUCCCAGGAUAUGGACAUAUGCUCUGGCGACAGCACGCCGACGUCUGAGACGUGUUACUCCCACACGCACACCGGGCAAAUGAUCCCCACAGUGGUGGACGGUACGACGAGCACCAACAAUGGCAGCCUCGCGGGCAGCGUGCCGCAGGUGGUGGGGGUGCCGCAAGGGGUGCCCCAGGGCCCCGUGCUGCUCGCCAACGCCCUGCCCCGGCUCACGAGCCACCCGCCGCCCUCGCAGCCCUCGCCGCCCACUCGCCUGUACCCGGCGGGGCCGCCCCCGAGCGUGAGCGUCCCGCCCCCUGGCAUGCCCCCGGGCUUGCCGCCGCCGGGGGUACCUCCCCCGGGCAUCCCGCCCCCGUGUCUGCCCCCGCCGGGUGUGCCGCCCCCGGGCGUUCCCCCUCCCGGAGUGCCCCCCUGCCCGCCGGGGGUGCACCCGCCCGGCGUGCUCCCUCCAGGACUGCACCCUCCGGGUGCGCUUACGGGCAUGCCCCCGGGCAUACCGCCACCCGGUGUGGCCCCAGUGAGCGUCGCGGCCAGCAUGGCCACCACAGGCUCUGCGAUCCCGGUCAUCUCGUCAACUCCGCCUACAUCAUCUGUCUCGUCGCCUUGCAAUCCGCCAGUGACUUUAUCAAGCCUGCCUCAUAUUCUGUCACAAAUCACCCAAAGUCAGGAGACAUUAUCUCCAAAGAAAGCUCUUCAAUCCAUUCAGACUAUGUUGUCGACUCAGUCGACUCCAGCGCCUGGUCCCGAAGCACCUCUGGUCGUGGACACGUCUCACGCCGGGCUGGGUGAUGGCCCCCCAACGCCCACUCAUUCAGAGACACAAGAUUGUCUAGAUGCUAGGAAACUUUCAAGUCCACCAAGCAACUUGAGUACACUUCCCACCUUGUCGCAGACCUUGUCUCAGAGUAGUUCUUUGCAAGUCCUACGCCCACAAGGCGUUAGUCUCACUCCAAGCCUAGCUAAUCACUACAGGGAUGACCUGGUUAACCAUGUCAGAGGUUGGCCUGCGGAUAUCCUUGAGAAGCAGGCUCAGAAAUAUAGUGAAGAGGCUCAUCAGCUUGGAAGCCUUCAGUGCACUCGUGUGUCAGCUGAAUUGAAGUCAGCACGCUCCAUUGUUAGGUUAACUGAAAUACAAGCAACUUUACAAGAACAGAGAGUACUCUGUAUUCGUCAGCAAAUUCAGUAUCUAGAAGAACUGAGAUCACAGCACUCAUUCAUGGCAGAUAAUGGUUAACCUUAAGUGUUAAUUAAUUGAAUGCAGUGUCUGCUUCAGCGCGGCUUGAUCCUGUUUGGUCCGGUUUUGGUAAGCCAGCCAUCAAUUCCAGCACAAGCUCAACCAAAUGAUCUACACAUUACUUCACUCGGUGCGGACACUGAGUUUGCUGCAUGGACCAAAGCAAAAUGAUAAGUAGAUUCUCUGAGACAAAUCUGUAUUGCCCAAAUCAAUGUGACACCUAAGGUUUCAAAUUAGCAAAUUAUUCAAUUCUGUCUGUUGGUACUUGCAAUAGCAAUGUACAGGCUGUGUGAAUUGCAUGCCUGAUAUUUCAUAUUAGCAAAUUCUUUCUACUGUGGUUUUGUGGUAUUUUAUUGGUGAAAACAGUGUUUGUCUGAAGUAACACAGGCUGAAUUUUCUUAAUUAGAGAAAUUUCUUAUUAGCUAAAUUUUUGAGAAAGUGUUAUGGCUGAAAUGAUCUGAACUAAUCCAAUUUAAGCUAGCUCAAAUAUUUUUCUGUCUGUUUGAAGAAGGAAUUGUACAUGGUAUCCAUUUGAUUACAUUUGGUGGAAUCUUUGUUAAAGAUGUAAGUGUAGCCUUGUUGUUCAUUCUGUCACUCAUUGCUGGUAUUUUUCUCUAUCAAUUAAGCUUUUUGUCAGCUUAAGAUGUGAUUUUGGGCAAGUUUUUCACCCACCUUAACAAAGAUACUGUAAAUAAAGGUUGUAACACUGCCGACAUGCAUCAAGUUUAUGUACCUACCGGAUUUUACAUAAAAUUGGGUUUGUUUCGCCCAUCUGAUGUUGGCAAUUGUAUUUCAAUCCAAAAGUAGUUACUUGUGAUAUACCGCUUCUGACGGCUAGUGUUUUACUGAUUUAUCAUUUUGUAAUGGCAUAGUAUUAUGUUCAUCUGUUAAGAAUCCAUUUUUUUUUUUGUUUAGUGUAUAUGUUGUGGACUUCAAAUCUGCUUUACAUUUCAUACAUGUUAUUUCCUUCAAAUGGCUUUACACAAUCUUACAAUUUUUUGAUCAUAUAUUUUUCUUAUUGUUUUACAUAACUCUCAUAACAAAGUUAAUGUAAUUGGGCUUUGAUCAUCUUUGUUCAUUAAUUAUACUCUGCAUGUACACUGUGAUUGCUAUCAUAAAGGGUUUUUGUCAAUCAUUCAUGGUUGGCGUCAUUUUCGAGGAAAGCUGCUAUCAUAAAGGGUUUUUAUCAAUCAUUCAUGGUUGAUGUCAUUUUCGAGGAAAGCUGCGGUAGACCAGAAUCGGACCUAGAAGCAAGCUGAGGCUGUUGCUGACUCUCAUUUUAAAUCAGUUAGCUUUUGUAAAUAUAAUUACUAAAAUUAAUAUUAUUGACUGGGCUUCUCAAGUUUUCAAUGAAUUGUUCAUUCUUCAUUCCUUUUCUGUGAGUUGUUUAAACUUUUUGAAAAUUCUUCUUGUAGGCACAAUUGAUGGAUGCAAACAGCAGAUUAAAGGACUGUUGGCUUCCAAUCAGUUGUGUCUUAAAUGCUACCUCUACCUAAAUUAAAUUUACAUGCAAAGCCUUUGACAUAAGUAUGAUGAAUCGUAAUUACUAGUUUUUAUAUUAGCAAAUGUAAUUUUCAAGCAGUUUGCAGGCUGCUUGAGAAGUCCAAUGGUUUGUAUGUGAUGUGAUCUGGAGGAUCUGGAGGACCAGCAGAAAGUGGAGUUUUGUGUGGAAACAUGCAUGGGAGAACACCAGCCAAUAUUCAUGAUAAGACUUGAUGGAACAAAUUUCCUAGGUAUCAGACUGGUGCAGCUAAACAAAUUAUUCUAAUAUAUUUGACUGGUGCGGCUAAUCAGUUUAUUCUGUGUGUCAGACUGGUGCAAUCAUCAAUUUGUUUUAUAGACGUUUGUUUUCUUUAUUAGCUGUGUGUAGAUAUUUUUUUUUUUUGUUAGAGGUGUGUAUGGCUGUGAGAAUGUAUUACGCUACAACCAACUUCGUAAUUAAAUUGUGAUUGAUUGCGCUACGUAACGUUAUCUGGUGUAAACAUUUGACAGGUCUAAGAUUCGUGAUCAUCUGGCGUAUUUCGUAUUUGUCAAACCAGCCUAAAUUACAAGAAUUAUUGAGCAGCACUGUGUUAUACCGUACUGAGCCGCUCAGCCUGUGGGAUCUCCCAAUAAACACAUACUUCACCUGAAAA